UACGUUUUAGGGUUUAGCCAAACAGUGGACUUGUAAUCACUCCUUUGACUCUGUCCACGUUAACGCUCCACUCACACGAGAGAGAGAGAGAGAGAGAGAGAGAGAGAGAGAGAGAGAGCCUUUGUCGAAAGGUCGCCGCCGCCGAUCUUGCACUUUUUGGCGCAAUGCUUCUUUUGAAUCAGACUGUGGAUUAUUCUAUACAAGCCAGUGUAUGUUUCACUUACUUUUCUGGCGGCGUACACGCGGUUUCAGAACUUGGUCUAAACAAGUAGGCCAAUACGCGAAGGCAUUGGCGGUUUGUACAUAAUUUACUGGUUUGUUCAGGACUUGGUUGGUUUGACGGGUUCGAAAUGUUUCGGCCUCGUGGUGUUAUCGAUUGAUCUGCGAGUCGAAGAAGAAGUAUACAACUAGUUUGUUGAGUUGAAGUUUUUGCUGUUAGUCAGUCGAAAUGGUCGAAAUUCGGGGAUUCAGAGACGCGAUUUUGAUGGUGCUGGCAUUGUUGCUGUAUCAGAAUUCGAGUUUGUGUCGGUCUCUCAACGAUGAAGGUUUAGCGCUGUUGAGAUUUAAGGAGAGAGUGGUGAGUGAUCCAUUUGGGGCUCUUUCAAAUUGGAAUGUUGAGGUUGGAGUAAUUGAUCCGUGUUCAUGGUUCGGGGUGGAGUGUUCGGAUGGAAAAGUAGUAGCUUUAAACUUGGAAGAUUUAUGUCUUGGAGGAACACUAGCAGUUGCUCUUGGAAACCUGGUCCGCGUAAAGUUGAUUUUGUUACGUAACAACUCCUUCUACGGAACCAUUCCCAACAAGAUUGGAGCGCUGAAGGAGUUAGAGGUACUAGACCUAGGAUACAAUAACUUCAGUGGCCCACUCCCGCCUGACCUUGGCAAUAAUUUGGCAAUUCUCCUACUGGACAACAAUGACCUUUUCUGUAACAUGUCCCCUGAAAUUUUGGAGUUUAAAACGAUUUCUGAAGUUCAAGUAGAUGAGAAACAGCUAUCUAAAGGAGCACAAAGAUCGUCUUGCAAGGAAGGAUCUUUCUCUCGGAACGUUGCCCUAACUGAGGAUGCAAUUCAUCGUAGACUGGUAGAGUCAUUUCCUCCUAAAUUUCCAGCAACAGGAGAUGAACUACUACCUCCUUUUCAAGAUCCUUCUGCAUCAACGCCACCUUCAUCAGAGUCCCCAGUACCUUCCCCUACCCCGUCUCCUUCCCCUGAUUCCGAUGCUUCUCCGCCUUCACCUGCAGAAAGCUCCAGCGUACAAGCCAAAAGAUCAGACCAUCAUCAAACUCUAAUAUUGUGUGUGGCCAUAGGGGGUCCUGUGUUGCUUUGUGCAUUUGUCAUCGGUAUAUUAUUUUGUCAACGCAAAAAUAUCGCUGCUGUAAGACCCCGGACCACAGGAUUAAGUGGACAGCUACAGAAAGCAUUUGUAACUGGUGUGCCGAAACUCAAAAGAUCAGAGCUUGAGACAGCUUGUGAAGAUUUCAGCAAUGUGAUUGGUUCUUCAUCAAUUGGAACGGUUUACAAAGGGACGUUAUCUAGUGGGGUUGAAAUAGCUGUUGCUUCAGUUGUGGUGGAAUCUGCCAAGGAUUGGUCACAUAAGCUAGAGACCCAGUUCCGGAACAAGAUUGACGCGUUAUUGAAAGUGAACCACAAGAAUUUUGUGAAUCUUCUUGGGUACUGUGAGGAAGAUGAGCCUUUCAGUAGAAUGUUGGUUUUUGAAUAUGCAUCCAACGGGACACUCUUUGAGCAUUUACAUAUAAAAGAAGCAGAACACUUAGAAUGGACUUUGCGGAUGAGGAUCACAAUGGGAAUCGCAUACUACCUCGAGCACGUGCACCAACUGACCCCACCCAUGGUCCACAAAAACCUCAACUCUUCUUCUAUCCAUCUGACUGAAGAUUAUGCAGCCAAGGUCUCAGAUUUCGGUUUCUUGAGCGAACUACGAACAACUGAGAUGGAAUCCACUCCAGAAAGUGACAUGUACAGCUUUGGUGUUAUUUUGUUUGAAAUGGUAACCGGUAGGCUGCCUUACUCAGUGGACAGUGGAUCACUUGAGGAUUGGGCAUCGGACUAUCUGAGAGGGGACCAGCCUAUUAGAGAAAUGGUGGACCCUACUCUAAAAUCGUUCAACCCGGAGCAGGUUGAACAAAUUGGUGAAGUGAUUAGGUCUUGUGUGCAUCAUGACCCGAAACAAAGACCGCAAAUGAGAGAAGUCACCACCAGAUUGAGAGAGAUAACAGGAAUACAACCAGAUGGGGCUGUCCCUAAACUCUCUCCUCUUUGGUGGGCAGAACUUGAGAUUAUAGCUACAGACGCAAGCUAAUUGCUGAAGUUCGGCUUUUAAUGGUGGGACGUUUCUUUUUCCCUGGGAGAGAGGAACAAUAGGAAGUGUCAGGUGAGUUGUGACUUCCUUGUUCUCUAGUUUAGGGCAUAGGACUUGUACAUAACAGGAAAGGGUGUGAUGAAGCAGCUGAAGCUUAUCUGUAUUUUGUUUUUCUUUUCCUUGUUUGGUACAAUGGUUUCUAGGAUGGAGAAUCAAAGGUUAGUUGUGAAUGAAUGGCAGUUAGCUUUUCACAA